AUGUCAGCUUCUCCACACUCGCAAACCUCAGAAGAGGAUGCAGAUACAAUCACUAUCCCCAUUGAUCGGUCAUUCAGUGAUGGCGACCCGUCUACUUGGCCUACAGAGCCCCGAUUCGGGAUGCCGGACGAUACAUGGUAUCGUGAGAAGCUGGCCAUCAGUUGGCUGAAGGAGACGGGGGCUUAUGAAGAGGGAACAAACUAUGUCAUAGACAGUCUGCCAGAAGGCUAUGCCGUCUUUGACAGGCCGCGUGGGACAAAUCCAGACAUCCGUGAUCGGUUCCUCUGGGGACACCCACUUGGGCAGUACUUCCCCUCUACGAUCCAGUUCUUUCCACACUUUUUAUACCUGAUGAAGGGCGGGAAAGAACCGUGCCCCUGCGUUCUUUGCGAGAAAUUGGCAAAGAGGAAUCAGCGCAUCAAAGAUGGCCUGCCCGCAAGAGGUCCAGGGAGAUCAACCGGGUCACUCAGUACUCCUGGUUCCGGUAAACCUGGUAGACCGCCAGGGAGGCCACCUGGUCGACCUCCUGGAAGGCCGCUCGGUCGACUCGGCCGGCCGCCCGGAAGACCACCGUUGAACCCUAUUGUUGACCGGGAAGGGACACCAGACGUCUUCAAGAUGGCCGUAAUGAAACUCAAGGAUAGGGGCGAACUAGAUGAACCCAUCUCAGAACCUUUAAGCAUGGACUGGAAGUCUGAAAGGCCUGGCCUGGGGGAGUAUCUGCAAAAACUAACAAUGCAGCCUUCCUAUGUCCCUCGCGCUGGUGAAAUUGUCCUCUGGGUUCCUAAUUUUGAGGGCGAGUUGGCCUGGAACCCAGAACACGCACGCGUUGAGAUGUACGACCCGGAGCUUGAUCGGUUCAUGGGCGUUCCUGAGUGGCGAGCGGGCAUCGUCGGCCAGGUCCCAGAGGAAGACACGGUGUUGCAGGAUCUAGUCGAGACGGUUAAUAAGGGGUGGGCAGUGAAUUAUUCUGGAUUCCGUGUCGAGACGUUCCCCGAUCCCAACAGCCCGGACAAGAGCUACUCCCUGCAGUACAAGUACGUUCACUUGAAAUGUAUCAAGCCAUUCAAUGCGUUCGAGCUCUUUUUGCAGAACAUGCCCCGGGAUGAAUUGCAUCCUUCAAUCGAGUACGCCAUGACCGUUAUGUCGUCAUUCAGCCUGCUUGAGAAAUUUCAUUUUCGAGGAAGGUGGCCGAAUGCGUCCAUCUACUGUAUGGGCAUAUUCGUUGGGGCGGAACUUCUCAUUGCAGGAGAUGCCGUUCGCCUGAAACCGGUGGGCUAUUCGCUCAGUAGCGGCCAAAAAGCAGUUACGGACGUCAUGGUGAUCGACGAGAUCCGGCUCGACCUGAUCCAAUGCAGUGAUGACAUCAAGUCAGACCAGCUCGCAGAGCGAUAUCAGGUGCGCAUUGGAGGCAAAGUCUACACGAAUAACCGCCAGCGAGCGGCGAUCGAAAACCCGAUGCAGCCGCCCAAGCCCCUAUCUCCCGAAGAAGUUCUCAGCGUCUUCCAGUACAUCGGCAUGAGCGGGUACGGCGACUGGUACAGUCUCAACGGCGGUAAGACGGUAGAUAUCUCCCAGGGGAUGGUCAUCGGGCGGUGCUACGAACCCGAUGCCAUGCGGCUGCUGUUCGGUAGUCUCUCACUGGGCCGGGAUCUGCACGGCGUGCUGAGCGGACGAGAAUACUCUCGGCAAGCGGACGAGCGCAUCCCGGAGGGCAAAGACUGGUUCUGGGGCGACUUCAGAACGCAGACCCUGGCGGUCGAGACGCUGAACGGCGAAGACGUCGGCCAUUAUAGUGAAAUCCGCGAUGUGAAGAUGUGGCGGGCCAAUCUCAAGGUCAUCGACGGCAGGGCCACUGCGGCUGAUUUCAGAGAGGCCAAGAUCCCCGGCGAGCUCGGACGACCGAGCCACAAAGCGCGAUCGGCGUUUGGGGAGGUGCGCAAGACGAGCAAGCUGGUUAGCGCUGGUCUGGGGGCGGCCAUUACGGAUGUGAGCAACAAUGUMAGCUCGGCGGACGAGAGCAAUGUCCAGACUCGACUGAACACUGAAGACGAAGGAGAGGAAGAGUCGCCCGAGGAUGAGGAGGAUUUCACUCUGCGUUUGGAGGACCUACGAGGAGGGACUGAGGAGACGGAAGGUGGAGACUACGCGCCUGGGAACGAUGAGCAUACGGCGAAGCGGCCAAAGCAUGAUCUUUGA